CAAUAUGAGCCCCGAAGCAGAUGCUGAUGUUUUGUGGCAAGAAUUUCUCCGGAAAUUAUAAUUUUAAGAGGUUUUGAAAAACAGGAAUUUCUUUUCGAAUGAAUUCAGCAGGAGAUAAUGAGGAUUUGAAAAGUUUCCGUCAGGAAUGGAUGCAAGAACUCGGCAAAAAACAACAUGUACAAGUUGACAAGGUGAAUCUGGAAAAAUGUCAAAAUUUAACACAGGGUAACACUGAGAAAUCGUUUCUUGGUUUCAAAGAAGAAAUAUGUCAGUUUCAUCCUGUAGGAUGCUUCACGGAUAACUCCUACUCUUUAACAUUUCCUGAGACGACAGAAGAAAAAUUAUCUGUCAGUGUUAACAACGAUAUUGUUCUUUUGAACUUACCAGAACCUCAAACUGAGGUUGUUUCCAAUGAUUCACCGAGCGACUUACAAAUACAACAAAAAUUGUCUUCUGAAAAACUUUAUAAAAGGAAGAAGAGUCUUCUAGAUCAACUGAUAGAAGACAUAGAUGAAAUUACUAGUAUUCCUUUCUUUGAUUUGAGCUUACCCAAAGAAGUGGGAUUACAGAUUUUCACUGACUUAGAAAUCAAAGACCUUUGUGGCUGUGCUCAGGUUAGUAAGGCCUGGAAAAUUCUGGCAGAGGAUGAACUGAUAUGGUACAACAUAGCUUGCAGACGAGGUUAUAUUCAAAAGAGAGACUCUGCCACUAUAGACAGAACAAACUGGAAAAGAUUUGUGCGAGAUAGCAUUUUAGACGAAAGAGAAUUGAGAAGGAACUGGAAGGAAAGAAUUUGUAAAUUGUCCAGUUUGGAAUUUGAAAGAGGUGGAGGUCUCUGUGCCGUGUCUGUCCAUGGGAAUUUGAUAUGCUCAGGAUACUCAAAUGGUGCAGUUGUUCUCUGGGAAGGGUAUGCUGAAAAUGUGUCAAGUUACAGAGAACUGAUCUCCUCUGAUUCUGUGAACUUGCAAAGACAGAGAGUGCAUGUUACGUCCACUACCAUCAACAGCAUGUUGUGUGUUGCUGGGUUUGACAAUGGUGAUGUUUAUGCAUGGUCCCCUAGUUUGAGUUGUUCACCGUUGUGCCGUUUUGACUGUCAUGGAUCUGUGAAGAAUGUUUCACUGGCCACAAGUGGUCCACUAGCAUUUGUAGCCCUGUCAGAUCAUGAACUCAAGGUACAUAACAGUGAUGUCAAUGGACAGUGGUCAUGUGUAGAAUCAAGAAAUUAUGAGGACAAGCUUGGCCAUGCCAUGUUUAUUCCAAACUCUGCUUCACACUCAUUGCCUGAACUUGUUGCUAUUGCAACUCAAGAUACUGUGUCAGUCCUGGCACCUGGCAAAGGCUUUCUAUCAACAAUGGAUCAUGUGAUUGGUGGAAAGUUAACUUGCAUGGACUGUACAUCUGAUCAGCUUGUAAUUGGUGUUGGUUCAUAUGGAUAUGGAACCCUUGGAAACAAAGUAAUUUUGUCGGUGCGUGUUUACAGCCUGGAAACUUCAAAAAUGAUUUCCAUUUUAGGAUCUCAUUAUCGCGAGAUCACUUGUCUAGAUCUAGCCAAUUGCCCACCACAUCGUCUCGUGACUGGCAGCUACGAUUGCAGGGUUCGUGUGUUUGACCUGCGCAGUGAAAAAAUUGCGCAUUCAUUUCACUUGGGACACAAGCGAGCCGUCACUACGGUGCAAAUGGACGAUUGGAAAGUGGUCAGCGGUGCAGAGGAUGGAACGUUGGUGGUCUGGGAUCAGCGAAUGACGUCAACUUUGUGGACGACUCAUGCGCGGCAUCCUGUGAGACUUUGCAAAUUUCAAGGUUCCCGGAUGAUCACGGCUAACAUUCCACUGGAUCAAACACCACGUGAGAAUCUUUGGUAUGCAGAUGAUUUGAUUCUUCAUCGACGUCAUCGAGGAAUUAUACGUACGUUUGACUUUUCGGCGAGCAAUGCUACUGAGGGAAUCCCAGAAAUUUGCUCUUCAAAUUACGACGACACCAGUGGUUACAACUAUAAUAUUAAACUGAGCGUGCCAUACGACAGAAUAGAGGUGUAAGGCUUUGAAAAGAAUGUGCAUUUCCUAUGGACAUAAGAACAUAGUCCUCUAGUUAAGCUCUCUCUGGAUUUGCAAACCCCUUUUUGUAGUGGUUGCAUAUCACUUUUGUAUCACUCGAAUUGCAAAGCAAUUCCUAAAAGCUACCACUACUCUGUAAGUCAAUAGGAAUCAGUGAAAAGUCAA